CCUCCAAACUUGACGAUUUGAUGGCCCCAACGAAAAAUGCUACCCUUUGUUAGCAGAAGUGGUGAAAAAUCGCGUCUUCAUUGAGGUUAUCUUCAUCGAUCAGUCGUUUUGGAUCGACAUCCUUGUAUUUAUUCUCCCGAGUGAAACUAAUUAGUUGUGUUUUAUUCAAAGAUUAACUUCUCCGACAGUUAGUUAGCAGGUUAGCUGCCCAGACAAGAGCCGCAGCUCGGGAGAGGAUGUCUCUUCACGGGAAAAGAAAAGAAAUCUACAAAUACGAGGCGCCAUGGACGGUGUAUGCUAUGAACUGGAGCGUCCGCCCGGACAAACGUUUUCGGCUGGCUCUGGGGAGCUUUGUGGAGGAAUACAACAACAAGGUUCAGCUGGUUGGUUUGGAGGAAGAGAGCUCAGAGUUUGUCUGCAGGAACACUUUUGAUCAUCCUUACCCCACGACCAAGAUCAUGUGGAUCCCAGACACCAAAGGAGUUUACCCAGACCUGCUGGCCACCAGCGGGGACUACCUGCGCAUCUGGAGGGUCAGUGACACAGAAACGCGUCUCGAAUGUCUGCUGAACAACAACAAGAACUCCGACUUCUGCGCUCCGCUCACCUCCUUUGACUGGAACGAAGUCGAUCCCAAUCUGCUGGGAACAUCCAGCAUCGACACCACCUGCACCAUCUGGGGGUUGGAGACCGGUCAGGUGUUGGGACGAGUCAACCUGGUUUCUGGACACGUGAAGACUCAGCUGAUCGCUCACGACAAAGAGGUUUACGACAUCGCGUUCAGCCGCGCCGGCGGAGGGAGAGACAUGUUCGCCUCGGUGGGCGCCGACGGAUCCGUCCGCAUGUUUGACCUCCGACAUCUAGAGCACAGCACCAUCAUCUACGAAGACCCCCAACACCACCCGCUGCUCCGCCUCUGCUGGAACAAACAGGACCCCAACUACCUGGCCACCAUGGCCAUGGACGGCAUGGAGGUUGUGAUCCUGGACGUUCGCGUGCCGUGUACUCCUGUGGCUCGGCUCAACAACCACCGCGCCUGCGUCAACGGCAUCGCCUGGGCGCCACACUCCUCGUGUCACAUCUGCACUGCAGCCGACGACCAUCAGGCUCUGAUCUGGGACAUCCAGCAGAUGCCGCGCGCCAUUGAAGACCCCAUCCUGGCCUACACCGCCGAAGGCGAGAUCAACAACGUUCAGUGGGCGUCCACGCAGCCGGACUGGAUCGCCAUCUGCUACAACAACUGCCUGGAGAUCCUGCGCGUCUAAAGCCGUAGAAAAAGAGCGCCCUGCGUUUCACAUUUGGACUUUUCAGUAGCCCUCGUCCUCCAGCUUUCAGGACGAGGAGUGAACUUUCUCUGAAGUUGGUUUACAUUUAUCUGCUCUUCUAAUAAACAUGUGUAAGCUCUUAUUUAUUUUUGCUCAGCAGCUGUAGGAAGUGUCCAUGUUUCCUUGAGAGUUUUUUAAAUACUUCUCAGCCAGCUGUGAGACUAUUUGGAGCAGUUUAGAUCUCAUGCAUUUCAUCUGGUUUUUUUUUGGUUUGAGGUUGAUUCAAACUGCUGUAGGUGGCAGAACAUUGCAAAAACAUGACAUUACCAAGUAUUUUUUUAUCUAUUUUUUUGUGCAAAUAUCCUGGUACACUUUAAAAAAGGCAAAACUAACUUUUCAGAAAGACGAGCAUGUUUUAAGUCAACAAUUCAAUAGUUCAAGUGACAGAUUCUUUCUUUUGUAAUAUGGAAAAAUAUUACACAAUUAAACUAGUACUUUUUUAAAAUCAAUAUUAACAAAUUAUUGACUUAAAAUAAAUUCCUAUCUUGUAAAUUUAGUUAUAAUUAAUAUAUUUCCACAAAAAGCUACAACAAAAAUCCUUGGUAAGAUGUUUUUGCAGUGUAAACAUGUAGGAUUAACUCGUAGCCUUCUUGUGGAUGCAUACCAUGUAAUUGGUGAAUAAAGCAUCUGUACGAUAUAUACUAGUCUUGUUUACCUAAUGUGGGAGUUUAAGAUGUUCCUCUGUGCUGCAGCCGACAUUUAAAGUCUAUCAGAGCAACGACGGCUCCCUAAAUAUCCUCUUCUGAUUUGUUGAGCGUUCAUUCUUUGAGUCGUUGCAUUUUUACUUCAGUUAGAGUGAAGUUUGAAAUGAGUUGACAGCUUUCUGCUUCUCUUAUUUUGUCGUCUUCUGUCCUUGUAGCAUGCCAUUGCAAGACAAAAUGUACAUAAAUAUAAAUAUAUCAAACUUAAGAUGUUGGUAAGCCAAGUGUUCAUGUUGUAGUGUUUUUUCAUAAAGUUUAAUAUUGAAUUUGCUCUAAUAAAUUGUAACCUCCCCAUGA